CAACGUAGGCCUCAACUACUAAAAAAACUGCCCCUUCGCUAUUACUGGUGCAUCCAAUUCCUUAACUUAAAACAAGAAUAAGCUCGCACUGUUGUAGUAUCCGUAGACGAUGUUAAUUGCUUUCAUUUGAUGCCAGGGGAACGAAAGAACAAAGAAGAGCGAUAUAAUGAAUCAUGCGACCGUCGUCCUCGCUCGAAUUCUGAACCGUGGGCUGGUACUAAUUGUCGGCUGUCUCGGCCAUACUUUAGACUCUUCCGACCUUCGUCUAUCCCGCAGGACAAUCCUCAACCCGAAUUUCUCUCCUAGCAGCCAAUCAGAUGCGAACUUGGCGAGCUUACAGUUUUUCUGCACUUCGAGUCUGGAGCGAGUCUCUACAGGGGACACCGGUUGACUGACAUAGCGAUAUGUCGCGAGAAUCACGUUGGUGGUACUCUCGGUCCGAACCCG